AUGGGGUCGUGGCGAGAGAACUUGAGAAAGUUGAGGCCAUUUUUGCACCUUCUUUUGCCAUUAUGCGUGCACUUGAUUGCUGAAGAAAUUAUCGUUUCUGUAUUGGUUGAUGUCACCACUAACGCUCUUUGUCCUGGCCGGAAAACUUGCCCUUGGGCAUUAUACAUCAGUUGUCUACGGCAAACAUUUGGUGGGGUGAUGUGGUUGGAUUUGGAAGGAAUCAAUUAUGUAUGGGAGAAAUAUGGUAUCCUCGUGGGAGAUAUUUUCUGGCAAUAUAUAGAAGUAGCUAAUGUUGUUGGAAUAUUCAAGACGUUACUAUUUCCACUCUUAGAUCAGCUUGCUAAGGAGUAUGGGCGUAAACCGCUGCUUAUUCUCAUUGUAUCUACGAAUAUUAUACCUUUCACUUUACUUGCCGUUGAUCAAUCAAAAGGAUUUGUGUAUGCCUAUUAUGUGUUCCGGACUAUCUCUUAUAUCAUACGUCAGGGGAGCAUUUUCUGCUUUUCUGUUGCUCAUGAAGCAGACAUUGCGGAUGAUAGUAAGUCCCAAUUCAGAGAGAAUGUCUUAGCACGUUUUCUUCAAAAUAAUGACAUUUUUGAGGCAGACGUCGAGGAUGAUAGUGAGUCCUUGCAGGAAGACGUUGGGGGUGAUUGUGAGUGCCCUGCAGAUUUUAAUUGGAUUACUGUACUAUUCUCUGCAUCCCAAUUCAUAGGGAAUGUCUUAGCACGUGUUCUUCCAAAAGAUUACAUUUUUGAGGUCUCAAUAGCUCUAUUGGUCUUUGUUCUUGUUUACAUGACCCUAUUCCCGACAGAACCAGUAAGGCCAACUCGAGAAGCUGACCAGCAUAUCACUUUUCUAAACAAAGCAUGUAAUGUUGUUCACGAACAUUAUUACUCAAUGAAACAGGGUAUACAUGUUGUUACCAGCAGCUCGACACUUAAACGCAUUUCUCUUGUUUCCUUCUUCUAUAAAUUGGGAAUGUCUGGCAUCAGCAGCGUCUUACCGGGGAAUGCAAAAAUAUUUGUUGCUGGCGUGCAAUCCAUUGCAAGUUUAUUAUCUCCACUCGCAAUGACUCCAUUGACCACAUGGUUCCUAUCCAGCAAUGCUCCUUUUGACUGUAAAGGCUUCAGUAUUAUAUUUGCAUCUAUAAGCAUGGUCAUCUCCUUGUGUUUUGCUUGGACUCUAAAACUAGAUGCUCCAUCCAACACGGUAUCAGAGGACAACACAGGAAACAUUGAACAACGUCCGGUAUUAGAGGACAACAUAGAAGACAUUGAAAAACCUCUUUUAUGGCAAGCAUCAACAAAAACUUGCCAACAUGUAUAG